ACAAAAUGGUGACGAUGAUUGCGCUUUGUUGUUAAACAACCAACCAUAAAAAAGAACAGUGCUUACCAAAGAGACGGUAGAAAUGGCAGAAGAAACAGGAAUGUCAGAAAUUUAUUUGGGGCAUAUUUUAAACAAUGAUAUCAGUAGGUCCAACGGUAAUCAGGUAGCUUGUAAUGGUGCUGAAGCUAUAUUAGAUGAAGCCCUUCCUCUGCAAACUAAUAGUGUAGAUUUAAAUAAAGGUAAGAUUACAAAUACUGGACAGAAUCCUCAAUAUGAUGGACCCACCAUGCGCAACAUUAAUGGAUCUGAAAAUGUCAUGCCAAAAAAUAUUGAUGAUACUAUCAUUUCUGAUCAUAACAGUGGCACAAGAUCAGAAGCUGAUAGAAAUGGAAGUUCAUAUAAUUCAGAUGAUUUAACAAAAACAGAACAUCUAGCCAUGCCUUACACAAGACCAGGAGCUGAUAAAAAUGGAAGUGCUUACUAUUUAGAUGAUGAAACAAAAGUAAAAUGUCUAGCCACGCCUGUUAAAGAUGUUAAUAAAACAGUUGCUACAAAAACUAAACUAGAAAUGUGUGACAAAAAAAUAUUACCCAAUACACUACCUAUCACAACAACAAACAGUGAAAACAAUUUGAAUGCAAGUCUUGAUGGAGUCACACCUGAUCGAGUCGAUAUUUCAGAAAAUCAAGUAUCACCUGACAACAAUUUGAACACCAGCCUUCAUGGAGCCACAUCUAAUCGAGUCAAUAUUUCACAAGCAGCACCUGAAAACAGAAGAAAAAAUACCAGAGUUAAAGAGUUAUCCAAAGACUCUAUAGAUUAUCUAAAUGACCAGCUAUCGUUCGGCUGUAACACCAAAAGCUGGGAAUGUAUUGCCAAUUAUAAGGGUUGGCAUCACGGAAAAAUUAGAAUUCAUAGUCAGAAGUGUACAUGGCAGAGACUAGAUCCAUUUCAGGAACUCAUAAUGCACAAGGAUUUUGCUGACUAUAAAGUUUCCGAACUUUUGGAACAUCUUGAGAAAAUACCGCGGGUAGAUUUAUUACACGAUUUUGAUGAGCGGUGGUGAAUGUUUUCAGAAAUAUAUAGCAGACAGGAAGAUCAAAUGGAAGAAAGAAUGGACCAGACCCCACAAAAAAGUGUUGUAACGCCCUGCCAUUUAACCAGACAAAACGUUCAGACCGACACAAAUGACUUAUAUAAAUAUAUAUGUACAUUCAAUGUUUAUUUGUUUAAAUGUUCGUCUCUAUCCAUUUUUGUUUUGUCAAAUGUUCGUGUUGUACAGUGCAAUGUGUGUCUGACUGUAAAAUGUGUAUGUUUGUCUCUAUUUGCACAUUUUUUGUAACACUUGUUAUAUAACUGUUAUCGUCUCGUCAUUAUUUGUUCUGUACAUAUAUAUAAAUAUUUUUUAAUCCUUUCAAUUCUUUUCGCUAAUCACCUUUUAAAUAAUACACUUUGUAUAUAUAAUGGGAGCCACAGUGGCUAGUUGGUUAAGACGCUGGCUCGCCAGCCUGGAGGUCGGGUGUUCGAUCCCUGCAUUGGCCGAGAAAGUUGAUCGAGAUUUUCCGACGUGGUUUCCCUUUGUCAGUGGUGCAGAAUGGAGGGCCUGACAAGGACAGCUGUCUAGUCCUUUCGGAUGAGACGAAAAACCGAGUUCCCGUGUAUAUAUUGGAAUGCACGUAAAAGAUCCCCUGGCAGUUGGAAUUCGAUAUAAGAGUAGGUGAUAGUGCCGCUGUCCGGGCAAAAUUUCCCUCUUAGCACACUGUAUGGCGUAUGCCCGUCUUCAUUAGCCCAGUAUAGGAGCAGAACAGUAGGACGUUAAACCCCAUUUCAUUUCAUUUCAUUUUGUAUAUAUAACAUGUAAUUGUCUGCAAUAUCACUUCGGUGGAAGCGGAUGUAAAAUAAAGCUAUUUAACACGCACACAAUGAAAUAAAGACAAUGGGUUUAACGUUUUAAUUUCUGAACAUUGUUCAAACUAAAGUAAUUGGAAUGAAAUUUUCAAUAUAUUCAUUUUUGUUCAUUAUCUAUUUUUGAACUAUUCUAGUAAGAACAUCAAGCUCGUUAUCUAAAUCUUACAUAAUGUAUCUUUAAUAAUAAGACCACUGAAGAAGAAGAAGAACUUUAUUUAGGGGGAAGAACAUCCGAUUGUAAUGGAAACUUAAUUAACAAGAAAAGAUGGUGCAAUAGGUGGUAGAGCCUGCACUCCAAAAGUAUUACUAUAGUUAAAAUUUACGAUUAAGAGUAAUAAAAAAAACUCAAAAAUUCCAUCCAUAUUUAAUUAAAACUAAUCUUGUUAAUUCUAACAGCACUCAAAUGAGUAGUAAAUAUUAUAUACAAUGUAAUAUAAUUAUAAUUAUAUAAUGUUGUUACACCUUAGUUAAAUGAAGUACCGUACAGUCCUUAUAUAGGCUAACAUGUAUGUCGUUAAUACUUUGCUCUGUUUUAUUUUCAUUUGGUAGUUCUCAUUAUAUUAUACUAAAUACAAUCAAGUACCUUUUGCAGAGUGGUGGGGUUUAACGUAAAGAUUUAGUCAAAAUUAUGCUCUGGGUUAAUUUUGUAUCACUGACAGAAGACAAGCCUUCAUUGUUAUUGUGAGGGUUGGGUGGCUGAGUGGUCUGAUGUUUGUGCUUGAUUCAACAGGUCAUAUCCGUAAGUGACAUAUUUCAGAUGUCAAUUAUAAUGGACUAUUCUGUCAAAAAUCUGUUUCAGCUCAGUCUUCGAAGAAAGACAUCUAUAAACCAAUCAUAUUAGAACAGUAUCAUGAUAGCAUUAUUUGUAUCAUUUUUUAUAUGCCCACAUUGAAAUGUGGUCAUAUAUUGUCGUCGCCCCCGUCCGUCCGAGGCUAAAGUUAAUAUCUGAUUGACUUUAAACUUAUACACAGUGUUUAAGGUCAUGAGACAAAGAAUAUUAAUCAUUUUCAACGAGUUCCGAUAAUUAUUGCCAGAGUUAAGGCCCUUGAUCACUUUGAAAAAUCUUGUGGAUGCUCUAGAGGCUAAAGUUAAUAUAAAUUGUUUAAGGUCAUGAGACAAACAAUCGAAACAAAUUCUAAAGUUUUCUGAUAACUACUUCAUGGGUUAUUAAUCGUAAUCAGAUUUCAUGUGUUGUAAAUGCUCACAUUACUGACAAAAGAAAAAAUAUGCGACAACACUUGUUGACUGCCCGGACAACUUAGCUGUUGUGGGCGUAUGUUUGGUUGCCUGGCAACCUAUCUUUUCAUUUUCUUUUUGAAAAUGCAAUGAUCUAAAUGUGUUAAAUGGCUAAAAGCCUUAGUGAACUUAAUUAAUUUUUUGUCUGCAUUUAUCUUGUAUUAUUAUACUUGUGUACAACAAUACUACAAAGGCGUGUUAGCUUUGUGAACUUGUCACAUGAGAAAUGGUGUCAGGUGAUUUGAAAUUUCUGUUAGGUCAUCAUAAUAAUGAACAUGAAAAAUGUAUAUUUAAAACAAGUUCAGAUGAUCUAUAAUCAUUACAGUACAUGCUGUUAAUUUGUUUUCAUAAGGUUUGCCACUUUGCAUAGUUGUGGGUUUGGCAGGGCUUCAUUUCUGGUGAACCAAUCUAUAACAGGUCAUAAAUUUAAAUCAACUAUGCACUUUCAAGAUAAGUUACAUUUAUUUUACAAAAUAAAAAAAAUUAAUUACAGGAAUAAUAAUUUAUGAAAAGGUUGGUAACCUUUAAAAUAUGCCUAAUGUUAUAUACAUGUACAUAGUAUAAUAAAUUUAAAGCUUUCAAAAAGAAUGUACAUUUAA